AUGCUGCAUCUUUUUCCAACAGACUCAAAUUCUGAUAGAGAUAGCGAGAGCGGGUCUCCUUUGCGCUCUAGGAUGUCACAUAGGAAUAGGCAAGAAUACUCGGCACAAGAUGAUGGAGAGUCAGAAGGAAUGGAUCAUUAUUCCAGACGUGAUCUGAGGUAUUCUGGAAAAUACCUCGAUGUACAUUCUGAAACAGAUCAGCCACUGAGUCCUGGAGCGAGGUCAUUGCUAACAGAUGAUACCGGAGAAAACGAUAUCAAUGCACUUACUGAAGGAUUAAAUUAUGCCUUGGGGACGUCUGGUAAAGAUGCAAAUUGGCUUCCUCUUCCUGAUAAUAAACUGGAUACUAAUCUUGUGGAUAUAUCCGAGAGGAGUAUCAGAAGUGCCAAAAGUACAGGAAGCGAUAGAAGUGAUAGAAAUUCUGACGACCUAGGAGCUUCACAUACAAAUGAAAAUUACACAGAUAAUAUACCAAUGGAAAAUCUUGGAGUUUUUGGAAGGCGAAGGGGCUCGCUGAGACCCGUGUCUCCAUUUGAUGAUUCAAAUCGAUCUUACUUCGCAAACUAUUCUAUGCAUACGGGACCUCUGUCACCUGCUCGUGAACCCAAUGACUAUUUAGAAGCCGGGCAUUUCUCUUCGAACUCAAGUGAUCAAUGGAGUAAGAACGAAGGUCAUGCAUCUCCUUCAAAAUUCUCAGAAGUCAUUGCAAGAGUUUCUGAUAGGAUUGCAGGUUCUGGUGCCGGUACACCUCACCCAGACGUAUUACUGAAAGAUCAGAUGUCCGCUAUUUCUGAUGAACAAGCUCACGAGAGAACAUCUCUAGUCACGCCUCUGAGUGUUGCUGCAUCACCAUUUGCGGAUCCAACCUACAAUAAUCAUGAAGAGAGGCCCCUGGAUUACAAAGGAGAUCUACCAGAAGUAGUCAUAAAUGAUGCAGAGACGGUCCAAGGUAGGUCGACGCCAGCUCCAAUUUCUGAUGGUUUGGGCUUAUACAUGAAUAAAGAUGAUGAGAACACUAAUAAGAAAGGUUCCGUGGAAUUUUCAAUGGAGCCAGAUAAUAUUCAUGAAUUUAUUGCCCAAUCUUUUACUAAGUCCGCAUCAUACACCCCCUCUGAUUCGCUUUAUCUUUUUGGAAAAUCUUUGAAAUUAUUUUCACCCCAGUCUAAAACCAGGAGAAUAUGUCACAGAAUAGCAUCAAAUAGGGCCACAAACAUGUUAUUGUUAUUCUUAUUGGUUUCACAAGUUUUACUUUUAUCUUAUAGACAGUGGAAUCCACUUUCUUUGAAGGGUUACGUGUCUUAUGGUUAUGUAUGGACGGACUAUAUUCUAAUUGUCAUUAACGUAGCCUAUACAAUUGAGAUUUUCGUUAGAAUCAUUGCCUAUGGUUUCAUAGAUGAUCAUGCGAUGUAUGAAGAAUUGGGCCUUCCCUAUCCAGAAAGCGAGAUUGGAAAACGCGGCUUCAAUUUAAGGUAUAUUUGGAAGUUCAUCGAUUGUUUUAGCUUGCUGUCGUUCUUAAAACCUGAGCAAAAGAGAUCCAACUAUCACAAUAUUAAGGAUAGCCAGACAGACAGUAAUGAAGAAGGAAACUGGAAUUCUUCCGAAGAAUUAGAUGUUAAAGAAAUAGAUUUGGAUGAUAACUCGAAUGAAAAACCAAAGAUUUAUAAGCCUUUUGGGGAAGACGCUGUGAACCUGUCUUUAGAUCUAGGAAAAAAGUAUAACUUGACACAAAAAACUCUGAAAAGCACAAAUAGACCAAAAGGUAAAGAUAACUUGAACUUAGCGAAUGAGCCUAUACAUAAGUCACAAUUGCUUAGACACAAAAAUACAUUAUUGAAGCCAGAUAUCCCCAAGAUCGAUCAAUUACAAUUGAGAAGAGCAUAUUUAAGAAACAGUUGGCACAGAAUUGAUUUUUUGUCUAUGGUCACAUUUUGGAUUUCGUUGCUAUUGUCCAUAGAACGCUACGAUGUCCGAAACCACAUAAAUUUAUUCAGAACUUUAAGUUGCUUGAGAAUUCUUCGUUUAUGUAAUCUUACCACCGGUACAACAACAAUAUUAACGGCUUGCAAAAUCGCAUUACCCCAGCUCUUCGACGUUGCCAUUUUCAUUUGUUGUUUUUGGUUAUUUUUUGGCAUUAUAGGAGUGCAAUCUUUUAAAUCGUCAUUAACGAGAAAUUGUGUCUGGCAAAACCCAAAUGACUCGAGUGAUACAUUCAGAAAUGAGGAUCAAUUCUGUGGCUCUUACUUGGACUUAAAUGGUAGUGCUAUGCCAUUUAUUCAAAGAAAUGGAGAGCUGGCAGGUGUCAUCAAAGGUUUUCGCUGUCCAAAAUAUUCUAAAUGCAUUAGCGGCGACAAUCCAUAUGGAGGGACAGUCAAUUUUGACAAUAUUUUUCAAUCCCUUGAAAUGGUUUUCGUGAUUAUGAGUGCAAACACAUUUACUGAUAUCAUGUAUGACACUAUGGAUACUGAUAAUUUGGCCGCAUGUUUAUUCUUUAUGUUUACAAUUUUCAUAUUGACCGUGUGGCUCAUCAAUGUCUUUAUUGCUGUUAUUGUUGCUUCUUUUAAUGUCACAAGGUUAGAAGCUGCCGCAGAAAAAGAGAGGCAUGGUAAGAGAAAAGGUAUCUGGGCUAUCUUUAAACAUAAACGAGAAAUAACUACGCAUACAGAAAGUGUAAACUUUUUCAAAAAGCAUAAUUUUGGCUUGAGGUUAUAUUAUAAAUUUGAAGCGAUAUUUGUUGUUGUUAUAUUUUUUGAUUUAUUCAUACAAUGUUUUAGAAAGUAUGACAUGUCGAAACACAGAGGCGACCUCUUGUAUAAACUUGAGGCUGCUAUAACAUUGGUACUCUUGGUAGAGAUUAUUUUGAGGCUUUUACUUCAUUUCCCGAAUUGGAGACUUUUUUUCUAUUCGAAAAGAAAUAACUUCGACUUGUUUUUGGCUGUUACUACGUCUGUUAUAAUUAUUCCACUGGUAAAGAGGAGGCUUGGUCAUGGCUACUACUGGCUAACGGUCUUUCAACUUCUGCGCUUUUAUAGAGUUGUCUUGUCUCAAAGAUUCACGAGAAAUCUUUGGUUGAAAAUUAUGAAAAAUAUAAGAGCAAUUAUUGAUAUUGCGUUGUUUUUCUUCAUAUUGACCUAUUUGAGCAGUAUCUUACUAAAUCGAUAUUUUGAAGGAGUUGUUCCAAAAGAUGAUAUCGAUGAUAUCGAUUUUCCUAUGCAUACGUUACCUAAUUCGUUCGUGGCCCUUUAUGUCAUAACCUCGACCGAGAAUUGGACUGACAUAUUGUAUAGCUUGCAAGAAUACUCUCACUCAACAUCAGAAAGGGUCUUUGGUGCAAUUUUUUUAAUUGCAUGGUUCAUCAUAUCUAAUAUGGUUCUUUUGAAUAUUUUCAUUGCUGUCAUUGCUCAUACAUUGGAAGUUUCGGAAGAGGGAAAGCGAAAACAACAGCUACUACAGUUCAUUGACAAUAUGACUGAGAGACUUCAUAGCUUGCAGAAUGAAGUUGGACUCCUUUCAAAAUUGAAAAACAAGGUUUUCAGAAAGCGUGGUUUGGCCGACGAGCUAGAAAAGGCUGUCGUUAACUUAUUGUUGAGCGGAACAGCUGUUAACGAUUUUUUAGAAAAUGACAUUGAAAAUGAAGACGGAAAUGAAACACAUGAUACGGAAGAACUAAGGAGUCUACCACAAUCAGGUUGGAAGAGGCGACUUCAGAUAUACUUUUGGAGAGUGGGUAAUAUUUUCACAAACCCAUUUUACAUGAGACGUAAUAAAAACGUACAUGAAUUGAAUAAUUUCAAUCCCGCUUCUUUUGCCAAAUCAAUAAUAACUGAAAGAAAGUCUUUGAUUUCAAAACAAAACAAGUUUUUGAAGGAUAACCCUAGGUUCAAUGAUGUGUUCUAUGUGAUGGGGCCUCGGCAUAGGUUAAGAAGAUUUUGCCAAAGAUUAGUAAAGCCGAGUUAUGGGGAAAGAAUCAAUGGAGUUGAUGCAAAUCAUACAGUUUCAGAAUCGUUCAACGUUGUUAUGUUUUUGGCAACUAUUGGCUUGGUCAUAACUGCAUGUUACUUUACCCCCUUGUAUCAAAAAAAGAUUGAAUCAUUUCAUGGUAAGGUAAACUGGACAUUUUACGUCCAGACGGGUUUCAAUAUCUUAUUUACUAUUGAAUUUUUGAUCAAGAUUAUUGCCGAUGGUUUAAUAUUUACCCCCAAUGCAUACAUGAGAUCUUCAUGGAAUUUAAUUGAUUUAUGUGUCUUGAUAUCCUUAUGGAUAGAUUUCAUUGCAUUUCUAAAAAAUGAUGGAGAUUUGUCCAGAAUCGUUAGAGGAUUGAAAGCCUUGAGAGCCUUGCGUCUUUUGACCAUUAGUGAGACAGCCAAAAAUAACUUUCAUAACACUAUUAUAUCUGGGUUUUGGAAAAUUAUAAAUGCUGCGCUUAUUUCAUUAUGUUUGUUGUACCCAUUUUCAAUAUGGGGCCUAAAUAUAUUUAAUGGCCGGUUGGGAUAUUGCCUUGAUGGGUCGUCGACAAUGAAGGAAUGCUUUAAUGAAUAUGAAAAUGAAGUUUUCAAUUGGGAAAUUAUGAGUCCUAAUGUUUAUACCAAUCCUCCAUUGGAAUUCAAUAGAUUUGCUACUGCAUUUUCUACCUUAUUCGAGAUUGUUUCCCUAGAAGGUUGGGUCGACCUUUUAUUAGACGUAAUGGCAAGCACUGGAGUAGGAACUCCGCCUCUGCAAUUUGCAUCUCCAUUUAAUGGAUUUUUCGUAAUAUUAUUUAAUUUCACUAGUAUUGUCUUUAUUUUGACAUUAUUUGUUUCUGUCAUUAUAAGCAAUUACUCACAAACGACAGGCAGGGCAUACAUGACCAAAGAUCAAAUAUCAUGGUAUCAAGUGAGGAAGUACUUGGUUCAGGUCAAACCUUCUUCAAGGAGAGACGAGUCUCAGUUUGGUCCAUUUAGAAAAUUUUGUUACAUGAUGACAGUGGAAAAAAAUCCAUACUGGGGGCAAGGGUUAUCGUUUGUUUUACUAAUGCACGUCUUAGCAUUAUUGUUGGAAUGCUUUCCUUCUUAUAAUGGAUUGUAUACUUUCAGAGUUAUCAUUUUUGUGUUAUCGACGGUAUUUUUCACAACUAAUGCGUGUAUGCUAUUAAUUGGGCAAGGGCUUCACACUUUUAUCAGAUACAAGUGGAAUCUCUUCAAUUUUUUUGUUUCAGUUGGAGCAUUGAUAACCACGAUAAUCGCAUUUUUUGUUAAUGAUUACAGUCCUUUUAUUAAUAUUAAUAAAUUGUUUUUGGUAGGUGCAUUGGCAUUCAUCAUACCAAGAAGUAACAGAUUAAGUCAAUUACUUCGCUUUGCAUCAGCAAGUGUUCCUUCUUUGUUGUCUUUGUCUUUCACUUGGGGAGUCAUGUUUUUAGUUUUCGCUAUAGCUAUGAACCAAAUAUUUGGUAUGACGAGAAUUGGACCUAAUAGUUCUGGAAAUAUCAAUUUGAGAUCAGUUCCAAAAGCUAUGAUUCUUCUUUUUAGAUGCAGUUUUGGAGAAGGAUGGAAUUAUAUAAUGAAUGAUUUUGCCAUCGAAGAACCUUACUGCUCCACAGGAAGUAGCUUGGAUAAUAACGAUUGUGGUAAUAAGCAAUAUGCAUAUAUCUUGUUCAUUGCGUGGAACAUCAUUUCAAUGUACAUUUUCUUGAAUAUGUUUAUUUCACUAAUUUUGGAGAGCUUCAGUUACAUCAAUCAAACUUCAUCUUAUGGGCAUCUCAUGGAAAGAAAAGAAAUUAGAAAAUUUAAGAGAACUUGGCAGAAGUUCGAUCCCGAAGGAACUGGUUUCAUCAAACCAUUCGAAUUGCCGAAACUUUUACACUCCCUAAAUGGUUCCUUCUCAUUUCAUUUAUAUUCUGGAGUUUUGGAGAUUCCUAGAUUAUGCAAUAGAUGGUUUAUUCGUAAUAAUCCUAGUGAUCCAUAUGAUAUUACAAUAAAUUAUUCUGAGAUCGACGAAACAUUGGAAGCGAUGGACAUCCCAAAAAUUAGACAAAGGAGAUAUCUCUAUGAAAGGUUCUUAGAGGAAGCUCUAUUGAAUAUGGAACUCAACAAUGAUCCAGGAAUUUCUUUUACAAGAAUUUUAUUGCAACUUCCAUUGUAUACUGCCUUUGAAGCUGGCCAAUGUUUGAAUCUCAUAGAUUUCUUAGAAAGACGAUUGCUACUCCAAAAGGUGGAAAAGAGGAUUCAUACUAAAAGAGUUUACGAAACAAUUGCGGCUUAUGCUUGUCGUUGGAAGUAUAAAAAGGACCAACUACACGGUAUUCGGGAUCCUAAUAUCGACUUUGGGAAAGAGUUGAGGAGAAAUAGUUACUUGACAAAUAAGGAUUUGGAAGUAAGUACACCUUUAAUUCAUGUGACUGAUGAGAGAGAUAAGGACAUAGCCAACGAAGAUCAUACUUUCAUGACAACAUAUCAAGAUGAUGAUGACUUUGAGGAGCAGAAGGACACGAGAAAUGUUUACGAACCGAAAUCACCAGUACAGAUCUAUAAUGCGAAAGAGAAGGCAGCUUUGAGCGAAAGGAAACUUAACUUGCCUAAAUUGUUCGUACAAGUACCCAAUCGACUGCCUUCCUUAAAAGCACAAUCGCCCGUUGAUGAUUUCGACGUCUCUCCUUUUGCAGACUCAUUUGAGUCAGGAAAUUCUGGCCAUGGUGAAGAGAACCAUACCUUAAUUGAUUUAACAUCGGUGGGUGAAACGUUAGAAAACUCUUCAUGGGGUGAUGCCUUUAAGGAGAUUAGAAGCGAAAAAGGUUUAGAUCGGAAGAAGUAA